CAUACAACGCGACCCCACCGUCGUUAAUUAGCAAUUAUUCACCAAACCUCAACUUUUGAAUCGAUGGUAGAUAAUUUUCGUGUGUGCAUGCAAGUACUGCGUUAAACCGAAAGCAAGUGAACGCACCAACAUUUGAGAUUAGUGAGGUUGACAGAAAAGGUCCGCUGCAGCUAAACUGCAUACAAAAAGCCACUCUUUCAAGCCACCGGACUACUGCUCAUCAUCUCGUAGGCUCUUGUCGCGUCCGUAAAGGAGGAUGGACUGGACAAACUGAGAUCCCCCCCUAAGAGACGGAACAAUCAAGUCCAAUCUAUCAGAGCCUCGCCUUUCCUUGUUCUGCUUGUGGUGUGACGGCACUCACCAACAUCAAAGCUCUUUCUCAUUCUAGCGUUGUCCCCACACUGUAUUUUGCUAGAGUUGGGGAUGCCUGUUGCCUAACAGAUAUCAGCCUGCAUAUCUACUUACUAGAUCAGGACAAGUGCAACUCAUACCAGACAUGGAGGACUACGAAGUUCGAUCAGCUGCCAGCAUCCUGGCAUCAGUAAAAGAACAGGAGGCCCGUUUUGAGCAGUUAACCCGAGCUCUUGAAGAGGAGCGUCGCACACUGCAACUUGGGCGGGCCAAUGCGACUCCCAACCCUCCCACGAGCCAACCGUUAGCAUGGCAACAAGUGGUGAUGCAGGAGCAGAGCCCAAGCAACGCCACCUCUCUGUCCAUGAUGCAAGAGCCACCAGAAAUGGUGGAGGAGACAGUCACCAUAGAGGAGGACCCUGGAACACCUACUUCCCAUGUUUCAGUUGUCACCUCUGAUGAUGGGACCACACGGCGAACUGAAACCAAGGUGACAAAAAUGGUGAAGACCGUAACUACACGAACUGUGCGUCAAGUUCCUCUUGGCCCCGAUGGCUUGCCAAUACCAGAGGGCUCAUCCCCAUUGGGAAACUACACCGACUCAAUUGACCGACGCUACAUGAAGAAUGGUGGUGAUCGCUUCAUCACACCUCAAGCUUCGUCCACCUUGACACGUUCCUACAACAAUUCUUUCAAUGAUUCUUAUGGUGAGACGCCAGAGAGUCAGUACAUUCGACACUAUGGUCUACAUGACGGCUACCCCGAUUUGACGGACAACUAUGGAAGCCUGUCCCGAGGCAUCAACUUCCGUCCACCUCGCUACCCCUACAUGCCCAAUAGCUACCGGCCAGAGAACAGCUACACACUGCCUAUUCGCAAGGAUGACUAUGGCCAUGUGGCCCAACCCCAGGUGCCUAUGGGUAGCAGCACUGUGGACCUGAAUCGUUCUCAGCCUGAGCGCUUUCAAGCCGAACCAUAUGGCCUGGAAGAUGAUCGCCGCAGCUUCGGCCCUGAGGACGAGGAACCAUAUGAGCUGGAGCCUGAUUAUUCCACUGCUAACCGACGCACACUAAAAGGGGCCAACCGGGGUCGCACCCACCGGGAACCACUUCGCAACGGGCCCAGAGUCAGAGGCUACCCAGAUGAGCCCAUUGAUACAGAGCUGAUUGAUGAACGCCACCCCUACAUCCAUGGCAUGUAUUCUGCACCACUGGCACAACCGGAGCGGGGCAGUAUGGCCAGCCUGGACCGUAUGGGCGGUCGACGUUCACCCUCAAUCGACAGCAUUCGUAAAGAUCCUCGAUGGCGUGAUCCGGAUCUACCAGAGGUCAUUGCUAUGUUAGGCCAUCCCAUCGACCCUGUCAAGUCCAAUGCUGCUGCAUACUUGCAGCAUCUGUGCUAUGAAAACGAUAAAAUCAAAAAGGAUGUUCGCCAGUUAAAGGGAAUUCCUGUACUGGUGGGGCUUCUGGACCAUCCCAAAUCUGAGGUCCAUCGCAAGGCUUGUGGAGCCUUACGCAACAUCUCCUAUGGCAAGGACAAUGACAAUAAGGUAGCCAUCAAAAAUUGUGAUGGCAUUCCUGCCCUCGUCCGCCUCCUGAGGAAGACCAAUGACAUGGAGGUUCGAGAGCUCAUCACUGGUACUCUUUGGAACCUAUCCUCCUAUGAACCCUUGAAGAUGGUCAUCAUCAACCACGGCCUCCAGACAAUGACCAAUGAGGUCAUCAUCCCACACUCUGGGUGGGAGCAUGAACCCAAUGAGGACUCAAAGCCACGUGAUGCAGAGUGGACCACUGUCUUCAAAAACACCUCUGGAUGCUUGAGAAAUGUAAGCUCAGACGGGGCAGAGGCUCGUCGCAGACUGAGGGAGUGUGACGGAUUGGUGGAUGCCCUGCUGCAUGCUCUCCAAUCAGCUGUAGGCAAGAAAGAUAUGGAUAAUAAGUCUGUGGAGAACUGUGUCUGUAUUAUGAGGAACCUGUCUUACCACGUCCACAAAGAAGUGCCAGGGGCCGAAAGGUUUCAAGAUCCAUCAGCACCACAGACCCCUGGCUCUGCAGGGCCACAGAGGAAGAAGAAGGAUGACGCUGGCUGCUUCGGAGGCAAAAAGGCCAAAGAGGAAUGGUUUAAUCAAGGUAGAAAAAAUGGUGAAAAUGACAAAAACUACGAUACAUUGGAUCUUCCCAAGCGUACUGAGCCGACAAAAGGGUUUGAGCUACUGUAUCAACCAGAAGUGGUGAGGCUCUAUCUUUCUCUGCUGACAGAGAGCCAAAACUACAAUACCCUGGAGGCUGCUGCUGGGGCUCUGCAGAACCUUGGUGCAGGGCAAUGGACUUGGUCAAACUACAUCCGGGCCACAGUGCGGAAAGAGAAAGGCCUCCCUAUCCUGGUGGAACUGUUGCGGUCCGACUCUGACAAGGUGGUCCGAGCUGUAGCUAUCGCCCUGCGCAACCUCUCCAUUGACCGCCGCAAUAAGGACCUUAUUGGAAGUUACGCCAUGCGGGACUUGGUCAGUAACUUGCCAAGCGGACAACAGCGACCAGCAAAGAACUUGGAGGAGGACACUGUGGUGGCCAUCCUCAACACAAUCCAUGAGAUUGUCACCGACAGCUCCGAAAACGCCCGAUCCCUUGUACAGGCUCAAGCCAUCGAAAAGCUGGUCGCAAUCAACCGGACCAGUCAAUCACCUAGAGAAACAAAGGCUGCAUCUCAUGUGCUACAGACAGUGUGGAGUUAUAAGGAACUAAGAAACGCUCUGACAAAGGAUGGCUGGAACAAGAGCCAUUUCCAGCCCACGAUGACAGCAAACCCUAAAGGAACCAAGAAUGGCAAACCUGGUUAUGACGAUACAACUCUGCCCCUAAUGGAGAAGAACCAAGAUGGUUACUCUACCAUUGACCAGAGGGACAAAGACUGCAAAUAUAAGACCGGCGACAGUUCAGUGGACCUGACAGAGCGGGAGCCAUUAAAGAAUGACACAAGUAGGAAACACUAUAUCAGGAGUAAUAGGCCUGCUGUCAGUCUGGUGGACGCUUGUGAGGUUAAGCCACAGCCGGUUGAUUCCUGGGUCUAAAUGCAUGCAUGGCUUAAAACAGCAACAGAGUGACACUACAGGAGGAUCUGUCACAUCAUCACUGCCAUUUCAUAUGGAGCUCAUAUUUGGAGUUGAACUUUGUACAGAUAGAGGAUUAAAAAUAUAUUAAUAAUUAUAAUCAGAACGAUGACCCAGCAGAAGCCAGCAGUUUUGAUUUAAAAAAAAAAAAAAAAAAAAAAAAAAUGGAAAACAUAAGGAUUGACGAUUCCUACAACUUUUACAUUUCGACAUUCCCACUGGACAACAUGUGAAUUAUUCAGUGUUUACUCUUGUUGAGAGCUGCCAGUGACAUCAAGACAUUCAAGGUCAAAAACGGCAUAAGAAUGAUUGUGAGAAUUGGAGGUGGGGCCCAUGAAGGAAAAAAGAACGUAUGUUGAAAGCAAACCUGAGGCAAGGAUUUUUUUUUUUUUUUUUUUUUUUUAAUUUUUAAAAAAAAAAAGUUUUUUGACUGUGUUUUACAUCUGCAAAGUUUUACAGGUUGUGAGAUUCAAUUGGAGAUCUUUUGAUUUGUUGUGUAAAUUUGGUAUUUUUGAUGUGGGAUGCUAUGGAUAGAUAAGUCACUGGAUGUUAGUUUGGGUUCAGAUGGGGGUGGUAAAAGAAAGCCAUAGCAUUGUGGAUACAUAUACUCCCAAGAGUCGUCAACUCACAGCCCAUUUGGUUCACUUUGUUUGAAGAAAACUGCACUGAAAUACCUUGGAAUUCAAGGUUUAUUUUAUAAAGUGAGGAUUCUGCAAGUUGUGCUGUGGACAAAGAAGGUGACAAAUAAUGAGUGGGCAUCGAAUGGAGCAACAUCUCAACAAAAUCAUCACACAGGUGUUCUUCCUCAGUAGAAAAGAAGUCAGCUCAACAUGACAACAGUGUCUUGAGUUUCAAUGAUUCUUUUUAAUGAUGUGUAUUCAAGAAAAUAUGGCAUUGUGUUUAUAAAUAUAUCCUUUUUAAUGGGGGAAAGGCAGAAUAUUGAUGUUCUGUUGAAAAGAUCUAAACCUUGCUUUCAUUUUUUUGGUCAACUCUUUUCAUACGUGUAUAUUACGGUCAAAUAUGGAAAAGAAAAAAAAGCCAAACUUCUUAGUUGUAUAUUAAUAUCACAUUAUUUGAAAAACACAUUGGAUUAAGGGUCACCAUGUUUGAAAGCAAAUAACUACCGCAUAAUAUACAUGUGCCAGUUAUGCCACGUUAUAUAGUCCAUCACUUAUUUAUAUACUGAAGGUGAAAGGGGAUUUUUAAAAAAUUGCAGUGUUUCAUGAAACAAAUACAUGUUUUUGACAACUUCUGCAGUGGGUUCAAGGGUCAAGUUAUGAAUUGACUUUUCAAUAUUCCUUCAUUUAACUGUGUUACAAUCAAGCACUUAUUGGUGCUUUUAGAAAAAAAAAUAUUCUCUUGUGAGCAUGAAAAAAGUGUACAGCUGUUCAUAUUUUUAAGUGCCAUUUUUUUGUUUUUGUGAUAUCAGCUACUCUAUUGACACGGAGAAGUUAACAUCAGAAUGGAUGAAAGUCGAGGCAAACUGAAAGGUCACACUCUAUAAGUCGAGUAGGGAAAGGUCAUAUAGUAUAUAUUUUUACAAAGUUUCAGGGUGGAAAACUUCGACUAUGAAAACAGAGUGACUAAGUAAAAUUGCCAUUUCUCUCGUGCUUGGCAAGACCACACAAACAUAUGUGCCAGUGUGUUCUCAAGCAUCAGUUUUCUCAGAGUUUGUAUGUAAUUGAGACUGAAAUUCCGCAUCACUCAUGCGUCGUCAUGGCGAAUGGCAUGUGCCUGCAUUGACGUUUUUCCUUGUGACGUGAUUUUAUAAAAGCUUGCGUUUACACAGUGUUUACAAAGAUUUGUGUCGUGGUAAAAAUCAAUAAACUUCAAAUAAAUGUAUUACUCAAAAUUCAGAAAGUUACAAUAAUUGUAUUCUUGUCCACAGAGCUGUGUGUUUUCACUGGACGAUACUGAACCAUCCUAAAAUGUAAAAAAAAAAAAAAAAAAAAAAAGAA